ACACAUUUUUAUUUUUCAUGUUGAUUCAUUAGUUGCAGCCUUAUCAGUUAGAAACUCUAGUAUUAUUAUGAUGUAUCUAUCAUUUAAAUUUUUUAAUGUUACUUUGCAUUGCUUAUGGAUAUCCUAAUUGCACUUGCAAUAAUUUUAGAUGCUUACUAGUAUUCUUUCUUAGUGUAAAACUAAAGUUGUCUUUUGGCAUUCUUGUUAUUGCUUUGCUGAAUGCUUUAUGAAUCUUGACUAACUUUUAGUUUUGGGAUGAAUAUUUGCAUAUGGAUGUAAAGAAAAAUUAAGGGCAUAAGGUUACAAGUGUUUUCGAUAUAAGCAAUGAGUUCGUUUAUCAACUUCAAGAACUAUGGUGACACACCACAACCUGAACUCAAUGGUAGCAGACAAAUGGUGGCAAAUUCGCCAUUGGCCCGACAAUCUUCUAUAUACUCAUUGACAUUUGAUGAGUUACAGAACACAUUAGGUGGAGGUGGGAAGGAUUUCGGAUCAAUGAAUAUGGAUGAACUCUUAAAGAGCAUUUGGAGUGCUGAAGAGACUCAAGCAAUGGCAUCAACUUCUAAUUUUGGGAUAGAUGGAAAUGUUCCGAAUAAUGGGAAUGGAAAUACUAAUAGUAUGCAAAGGCAAGGAUCUUUAACAUUGCCAAGAACGCUUAGCCAGAAAACGGUCGAUGAAGUUUGGAGAGAAUUGUUCAAAACUAGUAGCAAUGGUGAAGUCAAAGAUGGAGAUUUGAUGGGUCAAACAAACAUACAGCCACAACAAAGGGAACCCACCUUAGGUGAGAUAACACUUGAGGAUUUUUUGCUGAAAGCAGGGGUAGUAACGGAAAAUAACCAGAUUCAAAUGGAUGGAGGGUCGUAUUUUGGUGAGGUUGCACAGCAAGUUGAUAACAAUAGUUUCAUUUUGGCGUUUCAGAACCCAAAUCAGAAUCAUGGGUUUCAACAAGUUGCUCGAACCAAUGGACCAACAGUUAACCAAAUCACCGAGAGUAAAAAUGGACUAAACCUGCAACCGAAGUUAAAACCAAAACCACAGCCUCUUUUCCCCAAGCAAGCUGCUUUGGAUUUUACUGCACCGCUGACUAGUCAACUGCCUAGCCCAGUUGGGAAGUCUGAGCAUGGGGUUAAGACGGGUGUGGUUCAAGCUAGUGGCAUAGAUAGUGGAGUGAUGAACAUCAAGACACUUGGGGUGAUUGCAGCAGGAUCUCCACGUAAUUUGAUUCCCAAACCUAAUUUUGAUUCAACUCCAUCACCCCCGCUUUAUUCCUUUGGUGAAGGUGGUUUACGUGGGAAGAAGUCCAGUGGGACUUUAGAGAAAGUAGUGGAAAGAAGACGGAGGAGAAUGAUUAAGAACCGAGAGUCUGCUGCACGAUCAAGAGCUCGUAAGCAGGCAUAUACUUUGGAGUUGGAAGCCGAAGUUGCAAAACUUAAAGAAAUCAACCACAAGUUACUUAAAAAACAGGAAGAGAUCAUGGAGAUGCAGAACAAUCAGGUGGUGGAGAAGGUGAAAUUGCCGUGGGGAAAUAAAAGAUUACGCCUACGAAGAACAUUGACAGGACCCUGGUAGGCGGAAUAAGCUAUGCUAGAUUAAGAUUAGGCCAAAAAGAAGUGACCUGAACCAUAUGUAAACAAAUUGGGUAUAUGUGUCUAUACAUAUAGGAUUGCUAUAUAUUGUUGACUGUGUCUGGGUGUGUAUGUACAGGACCAGUUUAGCAAGCACAUGAUGCUAUGUGCAAUUUCAUUUUGAGAGGCAUCCUGUAAGCAAGUUAUAUUUUAUGUGGAUCAGACGCAAACUGUUGUAUGAAUGUUUAUUUGCAUUCUUGUUUGGUUUA